CAAGAUGGGCUUACUUCUACUGGGCCUAUUCACAGUUGAGAAGAAAACCCUAACACCAAACAGACUAUAAAGGCUUUGUAUGUGAGCGUAGAAAGGUCUUCGCCCAUCGCAGAAAACCCUAGAAACUCUGCGGCAUCCUCCGUCGAAAGCAGCAAUGGUGAAUGUUCCAAAGACAAAGAAGACAUACUGCAAGUCAAAGGAAUGCCGAAAGCACACCUUGCAUAAGGUAACACAAUACAAAAAGGGAAAGGAUAGUCUGGCUGCGCAAGGCAAGCGCCGUUAUGAUCGAAAGCAAUCUGGGUAUGGUGGGCAAACUAAGCCUGUUUUCCACAAGAAGGCUAAAACUACAAAAAAGAUUGUGCUAAGGCUGCAAUGCCAGGGCUGCAAACAUGUAUCCCAGCACCCUAUCAAGAGGUGCAAACACUUUGAAAUUGGUGGAGAUAAGAAAGGGAAGGGGACUUCUCUUUUCUAAAUGGUACUUUGUGGAAAACUGCUUUUGCAGUCUCAUUAUAGCACUUUUAGUUGAGCUUUUUCAUUUUGUUUUGUUCAUGUUCGGAGAUAGUAUUGUUGUGUUUUUUCAGUUCUAAUUUCAGACAUUUCUCUCUUGAGUACUAGACGAGAUAUCAAAUUGUUGUGCCAAUAUUUUGAUC